GCUGGCGGGGAGACCAAUCUUCACACAACACCUCCAAUCCGCUGCGUGUCUGCGGCGCGCAUCCUGCCGGAGCGGAGCCGCUCCGGAGCCGGAUGCAGGAGCGCCCCGUCCGCUUUAAAUCAGAGAUAUUUGAUGUGUUUUUCCCAGAUGAAACUAAAGAGCUGCAAUCAUCUCCAUGGCUUCUUCUCCCCCUGAUGCCUUUCUAACAGAAACCACUUUGGAUGCUUCCUGCGCGUCAGCAGCCGCCCAGCUGUCCACCCACGCGCAUGUGUCACGCAAAGCUCAGUAGAAGACAUAAAGCAGGCGUGGAUGUUCUGCCCUGACCGGAUCUGGAUGGAGUCAGGAGAAGGAGGCCGACUCCCGCAGCAACCGAGCUGGACCAUCAGCCACAGGCUCCUGUGAUCAGAGCAUCUUCAUCCUCCUCCUCCUCAGUCAGAGGAGCAUCUCCUGAUCCAUGGAUCUGUAGCUCAGGGAAGGGUGUGGUUCUCAGCUUAGGAGCAACUUUACUGAGGCUGAUGGAUCUAAAGAGAGUGCUGUCCUUCCCUCCAUACCCCGGGGAUUACCUACAUCCUGUGGUGUACGCCUGCACCGCAGUCAUGCUGCUCUGUUUGCUUGUUUCCAUUAUGACCUACAUCGUGCACCACAGUGUCAUCCGCAUCAGCAGGAGGGGCUGGCACACACUCCUCAACCUCCUCUUUCAUACAGGACUGACAUUUGGGGUAUUUGCUGGAGGCAUCAAUCAGAUUCACUUUCCUUUGGCUUGUCAGAUUAUUGGGAUUUUACUCCAUUAUGCUUCAUUAUCAACAAUGCUGUGGCUGGCAUUCACUGCUAGGAACAUUUGUAAAGAUGUAUGCAAAGAUCCACUUCGAACCCAGGAAAGGAGUGGUCGAGUCAAGAAACGCUCCAAACUUACUGUCCUGAGAUAUUAUCUUGUGAGUGAUGGAAUACCUUUGAUAGUUGUAGCCAUUACCGCUGGCUUUGGCAUAGAUAACUACGGCAGCAGAGACGGAGCCUUGUAUUGCUGGAUGGCAUGGGAACCUAGUCUGGGAGGCUUUUAUGCCCCAGUGGGUCUUCUGGUCUUAGUCAUGUUCACAUACUUUUUGAUUACCUACAUCCAGCUAAAGCGCCACCCGGAGAGGAAGUAUGAAUUGUGCCUUCUAAAUGAGGAUCAGCAGAUGUUGUCAUCCAGUGAGUCAAACCAUCAUUGUCAGAGUGGCGGUGGUGGAGCUUCGAGAUCCAGUGGAGACUGCCUUCCAUUUUCUACUGGAGUAUCUGUUCUUGCCAACGAACACUCUUUUAAAUCGCAACUCAGAGCCACCUUCUUCACACUGUUUCUGUUCCUGGCAACGUGGACUUUAGGGGCAUUGGCUGUAUCACAGGGAUAUUUCCUGGAUAUGAUAUUCAGCUGCCUUUAUGGGGCCUUUUGUGUCACUCUGGGCCUGUUCCUUCUUAUCCAGCACUGCGCCAAACGGGAUGAUGUGUGGAAUCGUUGGUGGGUGUGUUGCCAUUCCAAAACCAAGAUAGAGGAUGGAAAUACUGAUGGCCAAAGUCAGAGCCAGCAGCCGCACUGCCAUCUCAGCUCUCCGUGUUCAGGCAAGCAGCUGCUGCUUUCUUCACAUCUUUUGCAGAGUUCCUUCGACAAAAUGACGCCACCUCCUCAUAGCCCAAGUCCAAGUAACACAGGUCCAUGUUGUGUGGCUGUAAUGAGUCCAGCAUCCCCUAUUCCGUCUCUUAUUGAACCAUUAUCCUCACCACGUCCACAUUCACUACCUGAUGAUCUCCCACGUCCAACUCUUCCCCUGCAGAGAUGCCUUACUGAAAGAGCAAAGUCACGCUCUUUUAACCGUCCACGCCCUUGCCUACAGGACUACCGCUCACAUAUGACUUCCCUAAGUAUGGAUGGAAGUGUGCAUUCUUCCCACAGGGACAGCCCUCUGCCUUCACAUCAUCUGGAAGGAACAUCAUUGGGUUCCAAUAGCCCGCUUCCAGAUCUUCAGCUUCCUUGUCCUAGCCCGAACUUGGAUAAGCAGAUCACUUCCUGCCACACCUUACAACGCCAAACCUCCUGCCAGAGUGCACAGGACUCAGUGACUUCCUGCCAUGGGCAUGUUCACAACAUGUACGAUAGUAUAAAUUCCUGUCACAGCCUUCUCCUGCCUUCUCAAGGGCUCCAUUCCUGCCAGUGGCAUAAGUAUGGUUCAGUGAAUCCCUCUUGUAAUGCAGCCUGUUGUGAAUCUGAUCCCUUUACAUCACAAUGUGAACAAGACCCCCAAACCUACUGUGGCACAUCAAAGACAGAGGAUCUUGACACGGAGCAAAGAGGCUUCCCAAGAAACACCUUGCCUCGACAGCAUUCCACCAUUGGCCGGCGAGGAGUCAUUGGUCGAAACAGGAGUCUGCAAGAAGAUGGCCUCUUUGGUUCCGAUGCUACAGGAAAUAUACGGACUGGCCCUUGGAAGAACGAAACCACAGUUUAACAGUAAAGUCUGCUAACACUGUCUUUGUUGAUUAUGAUUUGGGUUUGCUGGUGAAGAUUCUCAGUCAUCCAGAUCAUAGUCAUUUCAAAAAAGUUAAAAAACAAUCCACUGGACUUUGUUUUCAAGUUUGAAGACAUUUUGCGUCCCAUCCAGCAAGCGAAACUUGCAAAUUGAAAAAUAAGGUUUUGUAAAGCCUUGAACUUAACACUAUUUCUACAAUUUUGAAUUUAAAAAGCUUCCUAGGUGCGAAGCAAAACGUCUUCAAACUUAGAAAACAAAGUCCAGUGGAUUGUUUUUUUAACUUUUUUGGUAUGAUUUGGGUUGUUAUUGCUGUCAGUGGAACCCUUAAACAACCUUAACGAGUCUUCAAAUCGCUUCAGGACUAACUAAAACUUGUCAAAUAUACUUUUUUCUUAGUAAUAUCUGAUGAAGAAACAAUUGCACCCAGAGUUGAGUCCACAUUAUGCUGUAAAGCAGCAAGCAAUACUGUAUGAAUGCUCAGGGGGAAGGUGGCUCAUUUGGAGGGGUCCUUAGUUGGAACCAUAGGAGUUCCACUUAGAUGUCUUCUGUGUUCUUGGUUUUUUGUUGUUUGUUUUAUUGCGGCAUUUUAGACACCUCAUGAGGCAGUUGGUUUGCCUAUGGGUGUCGGGCAGUUUGGCUCUUCGAAAAGGAUAUAAGAUAUAAAGUUACAAAAUAGUAUCUCAAUAAUAAGAUUGAUUUUAUAAAAAAAAAAUAUGGCAUCGAAGAUGGCAGGCCAUAUUGAUGUAAUAGUGAUACUGUUUGUAUGACCAUCAACCAUUUGGAAUUUUUAUGUCAUGUUCUUAUUAGCUUGUAUAAGUUCUGUUAGUUUAAUCUUACCAUCUUAAUUAUGUACAUGUAGCAACAAUAUAACACCAGCACUGACAGAUUUUAAACUUUGCAUAUUAACAGAAACCUAGAGAGUCCACUGCCCUUCAUUUUCUACAAAAUGAGCCUCACUAAGGGAAUCUUUAAUAUAAGUUUAUUUGCAAACAGAAAAGCUUCCAACAACUUUAAAUAACACCCCAAACCAGAUUAGUAAUGAUCCUUUUUUACCUUGUCUGGAUCCAUGAUCUCUUGAUGUCUUUUUGUGGGUGUAAACAAAAAGGGGUUUUUAAAGGAGUCACCACUUGAAAAUCUCACUUUCUCCAUGUUAAAAUGUGUGUGUUGGUGUUUGGCUUUAGGUAAGACCUGCUUAAAGGAAAAGUCCGGUCAUAGUCAGAAUUCAAAC